AUGAAAGGCUCCCCUGCCUUCCCUCUGGUGAAUUGUCUCCUCCCUCUGCUCCUCCUGGUGUCUAUUGGAGUCUCAGGAGAAGUGUCUUGGUUUAUUGUGAAGGGACCAUCUGAGACCAUCACAGCCCUGCUGGGAACUGAUGCCAUCCUGCCCUGCCAGUUGUUUCCUGAGCAGAGUGCAGCUCGCAUGCACAUCCGAUGGUACCGUGCCCAGCUUACCCCUGCUGUGCUGGUGUUCCACAACGGGCAGGAGCAAGGAGAGGUGCAGAUGCCCGAGUACCGAGGCAGGACCCAGAUGGUGAGACAUGCCAUCGACACUGGAAGUGUGGCUUUGCAGAUACAGAAGGUCCAGGCCUCUGACGAUGGCCUGUAGCACUGUCAGGUUACAGACAACUUCACCUCCCAAGAGGUCUCCAGGGAGCUUCGAGUCAUAGGUUUAGGCUCUGCCCCUCUUGUUCACAUGACAGGACUUGAGAAUGAUGGGAUCCGAGUGUUGUGCUCCUCAAGUGGCUGGUUCCCAAAACCCAAGGUGCAGUGGAGAGACACCGUCGGGGACACUCUACUGUCCUCCUCUGAGUCACAGGUCCAAGACAGAGACGGGCUCUUCCACGUGGAAGCGUCUCUUUUGGUCACAGAUAGAGCUGUAGGCCACGUGAUCUGCUCCAUCCAAAAUCCUAUCUACAACCAGGAGAAAUCGAAGGCCAUCCUCCUCCCAGAGCCCUUCUUCCCCACCACAUGUCCAUGGAGCCUAGCCCUGGCUUGCUCGCUCCCCAUACUAUUGCUCCUCCUUGGUGGGAUCAGCCUCGCUGCCUGGAAAGAACAUCGAGUCAAAAGGAGAGAAAUGAAGAAAUGUUCAAAAGAACAUGAUGAAAUACUUCAGAUGAAGAAGGAGACGAAAACUGCACUGAAGGUCAGAGAUGACCUCCAGGCCGACCUAGAUCGGAGGAAGGCGCUGUACAGAGAAGACUGGAAGAAGGCCUUGCUCUACCCUGACUGGAGGAAGGAACUGUUCCAGCUGGCUCCUGUGAUGAUAAAUCAUGAAAUGCCUACCCAGGACAAGUCUGACUCAAAGACAGAAGAAAACAGAGGUAAGGAGACAGCAGAUCCAUCUGUCAGCAGCUCACAAGGAGACCACAACAUCAUCAUGCUCUCCCAGGAAGGCUUCAUGUUGGGGCGAUACUACUGGGAGGUGGAUGUCGAGGACAUGGAGGAGUGGACACUAGGAGUUUAUGAGCUGUACACUCAGGAUGCAUCACCCACAGGCUCCUUGAGGAAAUUCAGAGUCCUGGAAAAGAAGGGAGACGAAUACAGGGCUCUUGCCUUCAGUUCCCAAAACAUUUUGGAAGAACCUCUGCCACUGGAGACACAUCCACUGAAGACUGCCAUCUUCUUGGAUCAGGAGGAUAACGACCUCUCUUUCUAUAACAUGACUGAUGAGACACACAUCUUUUCCUUUGCCCAGGACACUUUCUUGGGAUCACUCUAUCCUUACUUCAAAUGUAAUUCAUGGAGCUCUCUCCAACAGCCCAGCCCUAAGUGA